AUAUUGGUUGUUUAUUAACAGCCGUGUGCUCGAGUAAUCAGUUGUAUUUAUGUAAUGUUUAGGUAUUGUAAAAUAGAGGACACUGAACAUUGUUUUUACUGUAAAAGACACCUUGAACAAUUAUGAUUCUAAAAUAAUGAUGAUCGACAGAAAUGUGUUAGUGAUAGUUUGCCUAUAUUUAUUUAGUAUAUAGGAUGUAAUGAAAAUGGCUGAUGAUUAUUCUGGAGUUACCAGGCUUGAGAUAGAUUUGCAGUCGACUGAUGCUCAUCCCAAUGAUGAUGAAAAAAUAUCAGUUUCAUACAAUCAUCAGUUAGCAUCUGCUUUAAAUCAUACAACCACUGCAGAAGCUGUUGACAAUACAAAUGUGCCUGAAUGUUCCAUAUCAAGCCAGCAGGGUGCCUCUCAGAAAAUAUCAUUGGCUGAGUUUUCCACUUCUGUCAUUUCUCCAUCUGAUGUUUCUCCAAAAUCAUGUGAGCUAACAGCAUUCAAUUUCAGAAUGGGUAACUCUUCAGUGACGAAAAGGACACGAGGUCGACCAAGAAAAGAUGGUCCACGAGUAGCCAAGCAUCACCUAGCACCCAAACAUCACCUUACACAAUCUGUUGCUGCUAAAGUGAUGAGAGGACGUGGAAGGCCUAGAAGAGAUGACAUUUUACAUCAUAAAAUAUUUCCCGGUCGCCCUCGGUUUAGAGGAAAAAAAUUUCAACACUAUUUUAUGUCUCAUACUCCUCACAAACUUCCAGAAAUUCGAAGUAAUUUAGACAUCUAUGAAGAUAUUGAUUCAGAUUUAAAAUCUUCUUGUAAUGCCCCAGAUAAAAUGCUUGUUUCUCCCAGUGCAAUACCAGACAAUGAAUUAAAAAUUGAAAAAUUUUGUGCUCUUUGUAAUUUAUCUGAAUCCAGUUUACUGGGACAAGGAAGGCUGAAGAAUUUUAAACCUACUCCAGGCUUUGACUGUUUUAAAAGUAUGAAACAGAAAAUUCUGAGUUGUGAAAAAACUGUGGAAGUUUCUUCAGAAUCUGGUGGUGAAUUAAAACUUUUUUUUAGAAAGCAAAAAUUGUUUGAUUCAGGGAGUGAGCACUUGAAAAUUCAAAAAUCAAAAUCUUUGCAAAAUUUUCAAGAAAAGUCAAGUAUGGUUACAGAUCUCAUUCAAGAGCUGGAGGUGACAGGCUUUAAGAGUAUACCAGAAAGCAGCCAAAUUUUUGAAACAUCUGGAGAAUUGUAUGCACAUUUUAAUUGUGCUGCAUGGUCAGAUGGCGUUACAAAGACUUUUGAAAAGAAACUUUCAAAUGUUGAUAAAGCAGUAGUUGCUGCUGCAUUUCAGAAAUGUAGUAAAUGUGAUAGGUAUGGAGCUUCUGUACGAUGCUGUGUUUCCGAGUGCACAAAGAUAUAUCACUAUCCAUGUGCUAUUGUGUCUGGUGCAUUACAGAAUGCCAAUUGCUUCAAAAUUAUAUGUUCCAUCCACUUAGAAGAUGCUUUUUCAUUUGGUGUCUUAUGUAUGGCAUGCCAUGAAAGUGGUGAUUUAUCACAACUGUUGCUGUGCACAUCCUGUGCCAAUUAUUAUCACGGGAAUUGCAUGGAUCCUCCUAUAAUGCCAUCUCCAGAUGUGCGAGCAGGAUGGCAAUGUUUAGACUGCAAAGUGUGCCAAAAUUGCAGGCAACCUGGAGAUAACAGUAAAAUGAUGGUGUGCAACACAUGUGAUAAAGGAUACCACACUUUUUGUGUAAAACCAGCCAUCGCCUCAGUUCCUAAAAGUGGUUGGAAGUGUUCUGCAUGUCGAAUGUGUGGAGACUGUGGUGCCAGGACUCCUGGAAAUGGACCUAGUUCUAGAUGGCAUUUGAAUUAUUCAGUUUGUGAUAGUUGUUACCAGCAGAGGAAUAAAGGAAUCGCUUGCCCAUUAUGUGGAAAGGCUUAUCGGCAGUUUAGUCAGAGGAAGACAAUGAAGCAUUGUUCUGUAUGCCAAAAAUAUAUUCACGAAGAAUGUGAUAGGAGAACAGGUUUGGACACAAUGAAUUAUGUCUGUCCAAUUUGUGCAGCUUCUGAAGUCAGGAACCUGGAUUGCAAUUUUGAAGUUAAUAACUUGAAAGAUAUAUGUCAUAGUAGUUCAAGAGAUUCCUUUUUAACUGGAAAUGAAGAAUCAUUAUCCAGUGCAGAUUCAGAUUGCUUUUUUGAUGCAGUUAGCAGUAAAAUCUCAGGCAGGCGGACCAGUGCAUCUGAAUUAAGGAGAAAAAAGCCAUCUAAAUCCAAGUUCAAAUCAUAUUCUGUUCCAGGAAUGUUAGGUCCAGUGUCAAUUUCUCCCAAAGAGUACAAGAUGGAUGAUGAUGAUCCUACUGAAGAUAAUAAAAUGAUCCUUGCGUCUGCAACAGAUGAAUUUGUUUUGUGUCAGGAUUUGUGUCUGAUGUGUGGAAGUUUUGGUAAAGGUGAAGAAGGCAAGUUGCUUUCUUGUGCACAGUGUGGUCAGUGUUAUCAUAUUUACUGUGCAAAUAUCAAAGUUACAACCGUAGUAUUAAAAAAAGGAUGGCGCUGUUUGGAUUGUACAGUUUGCGAAGAAUGUGGUCAACCUCAUGAUGAGGGCCGUCUGCUACUGUGUGAUGAAUGCGACCUGAGUUUCCAUACUUAUUGUUUGGACCCUCCUCUAGAAGAAGUUCCUACUGGUAACUGGAAAUGCAAGUG